GAUGUCUAUUAUGACACGCAUGUUUUAUUGGUUAUAUUUUUUGCUGGUGCAAUUAUUGGAAUUGAAUCACAAGUUGCAAUGGUCUUUUAGUGUGAGUGAUGAUCAUACUUGGCUUUAAUUUGACUGAGUUACACAUUAGGCUGCCUAUAGCCAUUGAAAACUGUUCUUUACAUCAUCUACAGGAUCUUUGUUGUUCAAAAUAAGCAUUAAAUUUCAUGAUUAUGUAGCUAAAAAGUUUAUACCGUAUUCAAUGUAACACUGAUACCAGAAGUUAUUUAAGUUUCAAUUGAGCAUCUGUUGAUUGAAGUAUGGGCUGGAAAACUUAAGUUAUGGUUACUGCAUUACAUAUCACCUCAGAUGCACUGUUGUUGCUUCACAAAUAUCUGUAUAUUAUUGCAAAUGAACCAAGUUAAGAACAUACUAAUUUGUUGUAUUACUGGAGAAUAAUUUGAUCUCAGGGUUUCAAGAUUUUUGUCUAGCUUGCAGAUUUGAAUAAUCAUCAUCUCCUUGUUCUGGAACCAAUUUGUUGUAUCACUGGAAGCUAUAUAUAAUGGCCACCGGGCAGUUUAUAGAUUCUGCAACCAGGAAGUCAAAAUCUAAAGCAUCAUCAGAAGUGCAACUUUGUGUUGAUGGUGUACCUUUUACACUAGACAGGGAACUUCUGGCUUCUAAAUCAUCAAAGCUAGCUGUGUUGCUCAAAGAUCAUCCAAGUGAGGAUCUCACAAAUGUUCUUAGAGAUGCCCCUGCUGACCCAGAAACAUUUGAGCUAGUUGCAAGAUUCUGCCAUGGUUACGAAAUCAACCUGUCAACCGAAAAUGUCACGCAUGUUGCUUGCCUAGCCCACUACCUUGGAAUGACUGAGAGCCACUGCACCAAUAAUUUGUUCAGCAAGGCUCUGGACUUCUUUGAACACCAAGUUGUUUCUAGUUGGAACAAAUCCAUUAGAGCCCUCAAGGCCGCAGAGGAUAUUCUUCAACAAGCAGCGGAUCUUGGCCUGGUUGGUGCCUGUGUCGAAUCAAUAAUCUUAAAGGCUUUGGAACAUCCACAUCUUCUUGGAGAAUCAUUCAAGGACUUGACCUCCAAUGAUGAAGGAGAGGACAAUGAAAAUUACUUCAGGCCAAAUGUGCGGAGGAAACUCUUUGCUUUGGAAUGGAAAUCUGAAGAUUUGUCAAUAUUGUCUCUCAGGCUCUAUGAGCCCAUCAUUGGUGCAAUGAUUGAGCGGGAAAUCCCAGCAGAAUACAUACUGCAGCUGUAUGUCAGUAUGCAAAAAAGUGGGUACUUUUCAGCAUGA